CUGACUUUCCCGAUAUAACUCACGAGGACCACCACGACGUGAACGUGACAAGUAUUAUAAUGGGUGGUAAAAAUGAUCGUGGUGUUUCUCCUGCCCGACCAGGAGGUAUACGACUACAACAAUGUGGACAAGAACGACAUCAUGGAGGUGGAGCAGUAGUUGCAAUCCCAGCUCCCCCUCGUCCACAGAGACUUGAGAGAAAGGCUGAUCACAGGGGAGUUGAGAUCAUGACAGGUCCACCUGCCGAUGUUGAGCUUGAGAAACGUAGGAUGAAGAAUGGCAAUGGCAAAGGCUAUCAUCAUGGAGGUGAUGGAAAUGUUGUUGGAGCAAGCUAUCAACAUCAACAUGCAGCACAGCAAGAAUCAUCUGCUCAUGGUCAACUUUACAACAACUUCUGCUAGUUGUAGUUUUAGUAGAUCUUAAUCAUGUAGUACAUGUUCGCUCCACGCCGCAUGUGCAGCACAUGAUGUGCUACUAUGAAUCCUCUAAAAAAAGUAGUAACUACUUACAUUUAAUUUUUAAUCCAGCAGCAUCAAAAUCAAAAUCAACUAUGAUACGCUCAGCACCACUAGCUGAUGUACGAUGACCUCCUUUCCACAUCACAUGACAGUACUACUAGUUUUUACAACAUCACAGAAAUCUUCACAUUCAACACGACCACAGGCGCCGGCCGCACGCCAGCAGGAGGAGUACCAGGAUCAUCUUCCCCAGCGCCUGCAGGAUCACCAGGUGGAGGACCAGGCAUGUAUUAUCCGCAGCAAUUCUUGCCGUUUCAAAAUUUGUCGUUUUCAUCGAGUUCGAGUUCUUCGACAACUGCGGUUGUGCCGCGUACACCUCCAGCUAUCACUAUGGUUACAACUAUCACUAUGGUUAGGGUUACAGCAGGGUAGGCGGGUGGUUACCACGAUGUUGCAUUCUCAAUGAGAAUCUAGUACAUGAAGAUCCUAGGCUUGUUUUCGUCCAGUAGAAACAUAGCCUGGGAUCAUGUCGUGCUGGGGAAUGCAAGAAUGUCGCAGCCUCAUCUAAUACUAGAAGUGGGGGAGGUGGGGGUCGUGGGGGAUCAUAUACUACUAGAGUAGUUUAUAGACGCUGGGCGGCUGGGCACGCAAUUGGAGACGCCCAGCGUCACGCUGGGCGCAGAAUUCGGCAGAUCUGGCACAUUUGGGUCGCCCAGCGACCCAGUGUGCCGAGCGUGCCAAGCCCAGCCAUGUUCGGGAACCUUAUAAACUGCUCUGAGAUAAUACAAUUAGAAGGGGGGGAGCAGGUGGGGAAGAUGGGGAUCAUCUUCAUAUAGUACUAAUAAUUAUGCAGGAGGAGCGACAUGGAUACGACCACCAGGAGGAAUUAUGCCAGGUCCAGGAGGGCCCCCACCAGCAGGACUUCCAAACAGUGAAUCGGCUUCCAUCCACAACCACUACUACCCACCUCCGACGACUCCACCCACUCCCGCUCCCUAUCUAGGGAGUGAGGCACCUAAGCAUAUCAAGAAUUUGAUGCGCCGACAGAGGUAUUCGGAUAUCCACGUACCGCUUUUAGACCGACAACGUGCGAUUGCGACUGCCGUGACGAAUCUGAUAAAGGAAUCCCAGCAAGCGGCGGCUUUGGCAGCAAACAAACAUUUUUAAGGGUCGUGGUAGGGUGAAAAGGUUUGUUCUGUUAAUUAAUAUACCGUUUCUUUUGCCUGCUCUCCUAAGGGAGAAAGGUGGCAGAACAAACGGGAAACAGAAAUACCUCCAAAAGCCUAGUACCUCUAAAAAAGAACAGGAGGUGCGACGUCAAGUAGCAGCUCAUCAUCUGACGAGCACGAGACCUCAGAUGACGAAAAUAGAGCAGAUGCCUGUGCUGGGACGAUGAUAGGCGAUGUGGAAGAAGAACAAGAUCAUCGGGGACGAGCUCCUGAAGAGAGCGCGGAUAUUAAGUCACCGAAGAAGAACAACAAGAACAAAGUAGAUAAGAAGGACAACAACUACAAGUCGUCAUCACCUCCAGCAAAAAAUAGCAAGAGCUCCUGCACUGGAACUACUACAUUGAGUGCAAUAAAUUCUCAAAAAAAGCGUUUAUCUUCUUCCUCAGCUGCUUCAACCACAACGAGGACCUUACCCGCUGAUCGAGUUGCAGGGCUUUUUCCGCUCUUUCAGACGUUGAGCAAGGGAGAGCAAAAGAGCGUUGCGCAAGAAAUGCAAGGCCGUUGCUAUGGACGGGGCAAACUUGUUUAUAGCCAAGGCGACGAAGGCGACCGCUUAUUCCUCAUCAUCCACGGUUAUGCCCACGUUAUCGUCUACGACGAGAUUGAAGCCAGAGUAGGAGAUGAGGUGAAACUGCGAAAGCCAGUCCAUUUUAUGGGCAAGUGCUAUGCGGAAAACACCUUAGCAGUGAUCGACAAGCACGAUUCAAGUCGCGAGUUUCCGUACACGAUAAGAAUAUUACAUCCGGAUUCCGGAUCUAGCACCACACCUUGUUCAUCAGCAUCUUCGAAGUCGAACAAGAACACCACUAGCAAUAAAGUUGGAGGAGCAACAGCAACUUGUUCUUCAUCUUCGAUUUUUAAGGGUUGACCAAUUAGAAUUACAUCCCCCACAACGAACCAUUCCUCACUGUAGUUUUUCCAGUAGGAAAGAGGUGAGGGAUGUCCUGAAGAAUGUAAUGCUGCAACCUUUAAUUCUUCUAUAGGUGGAACUUCCAAUGGCACCAAACUGGAAAGUCAUUUUCAUCCUAGUGGACGAGCAAACCUCGGAGCUUUGUCAACUACUACACAAGAAGGCGGCAAGACUCCUGUGGUCAGAGGCCGCGUGAUGGCUCAUGAGAUAGAGCUUAUUGGGAAACCCCCUUCUGCAAGAUUUGUUGCCACGCUCGUCCCCGGCGACUAUUUUGGCGAACAAGAGGUCAUUUCUGGCAGUAGGGACCGCAAGGAAACCAUUGUAGUUGGCAACGAAGCGGAUUUGGCCGUGAUGACUUUAAGGCUAGUCUUCACAUGAGGACUUAAACAAAAUGAAUUUGAAUACAACUUAUAGAAGAUACUUAUUAUAGAUAAGUACUUAUAAAUAAGUAUGUAAAAAGGUAGUUGAUGUAAAGGUCUACUUGUUCUAAUGACUCUGUCCCGUAUGGCCUAUAGGUCUUUAGGCUUGCCUUACAAGCACGCCCAUGCUUUUCCGAAAAAGCCGAGACACGCGAUCUGCCUGUCAAAUGAAGGAGACCAAAUUGGAAGUGGUGAAGGAGGACAAGUAGGAGGCUCUUUGAGUUUGACUCCUAUGAGCUCACCCCGUAGAGGCAUCAACGGCUUAGUGGCAUCAUCUUCGUCAAAUAAAUCUGAGGAAGCGAAGAAGAUGAUCAUGAAAGCUCUCCACAACAGUCAGCCGAUAAGAAAAAUGCUGCAUUUGACGCCACAACAGAGAGCAGACAUAGCGGAUCAAGCCUACAAACAAGAGUUUAGUGUGGGAGAUGUGGUAGUCUCUGAGCCGCAUAAUUCCGUUUCUUCUCCUGCUGGAAACAAAACGCCUGCUGAUAUUAAGGCCUAACAAGAAACUUGAAGAUCCAUCUUUUAUGAGGGAUGAAAAGGUUAAGAUGGAUUUUUGCUAUGAUAGUAGUUGCAGUUCUAAUGAUAGUAUCAUCAUAGUGGAUAUGGGGAAGUAUAAAGUGGGAGUGAAGCAAGAAAAGCGUGUGGAUUACGACCACGCAGAAAACGCAGUCUUGGGACACACAUCGUUGAGGGAAAGAGAAAAGCAGACUAGGUAAUAUCUACUUUCGAUUUCUUUUUAAUAAUUGAUUUUGAUGUUGAUAGAUGAAGAAAUUUUCGCUUUCCAUUAUUUGACCAAGAUUUUACGUAGAACAACAACAAGAACUGCGCUACUGUUCACCAACAUCUUGUAUCUUCCAUCUCCUUCUCGUUCUCCUCCACCAGGCAUCUCCGUGAGCACCAAACUAGUGGCAUGUUUGGAGAGUAUAGUGCUUUGUUCGGUGUGCCGCCUGUUUUUCACGUCGUCUGCGUCGCUCCGGGUCACUGCUGGGUCAUUCCUAGGAAAGCUAUCAAAAGUGCGCUUCUAAAAAGUAAGAAGACCGCAGCUAGGAGAGUGCUGGAGGCCUUGCAUGAUUUUAAGGAGCUUGUGGGCCUGCAACACUGGGAGAAGAUUGAGAUUGCUACCAAUUCACAUGUGCUUCAGUUGGAACAAGGGCAAAUGAUUCGGACAGGAGGUACUACUACCUCAAGUACUAGUACAAGUACAAGUAGAGAAGAACAAGAUGGAGGUUCAACACUUGACCACAGUGGAGCUGCAGGAGGUUCUUUUUUCGCGCCUUGCACAGCUCCUGAUAGUGGAGUGGUUAGCCUAAAAGGUGCAGCCGAUGGAGCAGGAGGAGGAGCUGCUAGCGCAAGCUUUGAUAAUGCAGGAGCUCAAAUAAAUGCAUCAAGUUGUAGUUCCUCCAGUUCAGCAUCGUCGGCAGAAGAGAUCAUAGAAGACGCGGGAAGUAGUGCUGCGACAUCGUCCUGCACCUGCUCAACAAAAAGGCCAACAAAAAGGCCGAAGUCGAAGCACCAGCAUGAGGACUACUUCUAUCUGCUUCUGGUUGGUGAAAUGGAGAUUCAGGGUGACCGCUUACAUCCAAAAAAAGUUGCAAGAACAGAAAGAAUACGAAAACAUCAAGAGCAGUUGUUGGGUGCGGUGGAUGUUGAGACUAACAAAGCUGGCACUGAAGUGGGUGCGGAUGAAUCAGAAACUAAGAAAGCUGGCACUGAUACUACUGCCACUGGUCUUCCCAGCAAAGCUGAAAAUAUUACGACGAGUGGUGGGCUACUUGAAGGUGAUCCUGAGAAGGUAAAAAUGGGCGAGCCGACAGAGCCGGAUACCAACGUACCAGAUACCGGAGAACAAGGACAAGGAGCUACAACUUCUUCAACUACACUGAAAAACAAGACAACUGCUUUAGCUUCAUCUUCCCCUUCUCUUACACCAGUAGGAGAACACGGCCCUCAGCAUCAAGGUAAAGCCGACUACACUAUUGGACUGGCGAGAACCGCAACCGGCUGCAGCACAGUGGUAAACAACGAUCCUCCUGUUGUACGAAUACGUGGGAAUAAUACGAGAAUGAUCAGUCUUUUCGGCGAUAAGAGCUACGACGAGCAAGGGACGCCAUCGGAUGAGGAGCGACAUACAGAUGAAGAAAGCUCUUCAACGAAGCGAGACACGACACAGCAGGGAUCGUUGCACUGGUACGUUAUUACUCAUUUUUGACUGUACUUAUGUACUAGAUUAAAUAAAAUUCAACAUCGCUCCUGGUACUAGAUUAAAUACCAACAAUAAAAUUAAAAUUCAACAUGAUCAGGUUUGGUGAACGCUCGUUGUUGCGAGGUAAUGGCACCUCUCCUGAGACUCGUCGAAGAAGUCCCUCUUCCUCGUCUCAAGCUCAAGCGCCACAGUCUCAAGCUCAAGCGCAACCCCUACAGUCUCUCUCUUCGGACCGCGCAGUUGCUACAGUAGUCUCCAAACAUGCUACAGUCCUAGCUGUGCCUCGCGCAACCUUUGACCGAGUUCUGCGGCCGCAUGCUGAACUGUUGCUUUCGCAAGGCGUGCAUAGGCGAAGUACAAAAAUCGAGGACAUCAAGGAACACCUAGUCCUCCAAGAUUCCAACGAGUACCAAGGUUGGCAGGAACUCCCGUUCGACAGUCUAAAACGGGUCUGUUUGCUGGGUUCUGGUGGCUUUGGCGCAGUCGCAUUGUAUGUCCACGAACCGAGUGGGAAUACGUUUGCUCUCAAAUCGCUAUCGAAGGCGUUCAUUGUGAGGAAGCGAAUGACCGGUGCAGUAAUGAGGGAGAAGAAGAUUCUCUUCAUGUGCAAGUCGCGGUUUAUCGUUCGCACAUUCCAAACAUACAGAGACAAAGACUAUCUGCAUUUUUUGAUGGAGGUAAUUUUUGUAUACUUCACAUUUUUGCAGAAUAAAUUGCUUGGAGGUGUGAUUGCGGUAGGAGUUUAUUCCACUUGUACUAUAUUUAGAGUUUAUUUUACUCAAGUAGUUACAUUGUAUAUUAAUUUGAUAGAGUUUUUACUUAGUUACAUGCUUGGUUUUGGCUAUCAAUCUACUACUGGCAAGGCUAUUUUUCCUUGUGCUUAAAUGAUCGCAAAAGUCUAGUCCUCUCAUCAUUAAUAGAUAGGGCGAGUGUGUGUGGUCUCUCAUCAAAUUAUUUCUCCUGUUUCUAAAAAAAAUUUUUCGAUUCUAUGAAGAUGAUCAACAUACCCAACCACGAUCGCAACCACGAUCACAGGUUUGUCUCGGCGGCGAAUUGUUCUCGCAAUAUCAUCGAUUCAAGUUUCAUGGGUCAAUCACCAAAGCGAAAUUCUACAGUGCAACUGUGAUCACGGCGUUUGCCUAUCUGCACAAAAAGGGGAUUGUCUAUAGAGAUCUGAAGCCAGAAAACCUAUUGUUGGAUCAUUAUGGAUUCUGCAAAUUGACGGACAUGGGCUUAGCGAAGAUCAUAGGAGUGUCGGGAAAAACGUAUACGACAUGCGGAACACCAGAUUACUUCGCGCCGGAAGUGGUACAUUUUUAUGAACAGGUUCAUAGUUCUUGUACACUUAGACUUCUUUAAGCAUAUAAUAAUGUUGAUCAACAUAUUGUAGUGCUGGCAUUUCUAUUUCACUCGUCGGAUCAUGAUGAAUUUACAACUACACCAACCAAGGACUACAACAUCAACUUCUACAACAAAACCUUCACCUCGAAGUGCAAAGGGCGAAGACAGCUUGCUAAUUAACGUCUUCUAUACCUCACGAAUGGGCAAUGCGCACAUAGUUGAUCCGACACCCUUGAGGUUGAAAACUUAUAACCCAUUAGCUGGCUGAAUACUGCCCGUCGGCUUCGAGCUAAGGCCAGGGUGGAGUGCAACAUGAGUGAACUACUACUACUACGACGACUACUACGACUGACCGCCACUGCUACUAUCACUACUACUAGGCACUAGCACUACGACUACUACUAAGUACUUCUUCUGUUACUCCUACCACUCUGGCGAGUGACCUUCCCUCCAGCGUGACAAAAAAAAGCAGAUCUCCUGGCACGAAGGCCAGACUCUAGCCGUUGCUUACCUCUCGCCCCAACAAAAAUUCCAACAGAUCCGUCACGAAGGCCAGACUCUAGCCGUUGACUGGUGGUGCCUAGGAGUUUUGCUGUACGAAUUGAUGUCCGGAACAGCCCCCUUCGAAUGCGGGGAUCCUUCCGAGACUAUGACGAGGAUUCAGAAGGGAGUAGGCAAAGUCGACUUUUCUUCUUUCCGCAGAAGAAGUCCUGAUUGCGUUGACCUAGUCUGCGGUUUGUUACAGGCAGAUCCGAGCAACAGACUGCCUUGUAGACCAGGCGGUCCGUUGAGGAAUCUGAGUAUGGAUGAUGUUCAUGUUUUUUGCAUCUAUCAGUAGACCAUCGAGGCUGGUGCCCCUUUUCCCCUUAUUAAAACUGUAUGAAUCUAUAGGUUCUUUAGUGGGGCCUCAAUGGUGUCGAAAACUGUAUCUAUAGGUUCUUAAGGGGCACCUGCUCAAUGGUCUACCUAGUAGAUGGAAUAGGCACCAUCCAUACUGAGGAGGCACCCUUGGUACCAAAACUUCCCAUGGAUUGAGAUGUGGAGUGGCAAAGUGCAAGCACCUUUUGUGCCCAACGUAAGGAACAACGUGGAUAUAGGGAAUUUCAGGCGGGUGAAUGACGGGAAAAGGCAUGUGAAUGCAGGCCCCAGUGCGCCACCGGAACCGGCAGAUCCGGGUGGUUGGGAUAGAGAUUUCUAAAAAAAAAAUCGAGGACCUCUACUCUGAGGAUUCGGCUUGUUGCACUCAGCUGAAGAUUUAGAUUCUUCCCUGAAAAUACGAGAACCACGACUGCCACUAGAAGUACGUUAUUUUAUACGUCGACAUAAGUAGAUACAUCAACUCAUACUUUCGACAAAGUGAAUUCUUUGUCCUACCCUCGAAACUUUUUUGUCCUACCUAUUCGGUUUGUAAUACUUACUCCGGCCAUAAUUAAUGAGAUGAAGAAGUUUAGAAUGACAACGAUAAAAAUGGCGUCUAGAAACAAAAAGCAAAUAUCAAAGCAGAAUAGAUUAGUCAGUGAGUAUUUUUUGACAUGAUCAAGACUAUCCUCACGGUGGCGAGGCCCUCAAGCCGACGAAAAAUACAUCGUGGUUACUAGGUCGAGACUCGUCUCCGUUGGGCACGAAGCGCAGUCGCAGAUGCUUGGGAAUUAUAUACAUAGGUCGAGGAGACUCGUCUCCGUUGGGAAACGCAGCCCGAUGGAAAAAAAUAAUGAAUUUUCGAAAUUGAAUGAAUGAAAAAUGAAGAUGGUCGUAAGCUUAAUAAACAAGUUGUAAAACGACACGACAGUCGUGCUAGAUUGUUUACUUGUCUUGUUACAAAAUUAACUAGGUAGCAAUGUACAUACUAUAUAAUAUAUGAAUGUGAAAAUAGUGCUCGUUCAUAUACGUUCUUUUAGGGCUGCUGCACCACGGAUCCUGCUCCUCGUAAAAGGUAAAAUGUCCUCGUAAAUGAGGGAGCCGGUUACGACCACGGGUCCUCGUAAAACCUCGCUAAUGAAAAAUGGUUACAAAAAUCAUGACAAGGUAAGUACGUAAAUGCCCAUUUAGAUACAGAUGUCGUCGAUCCUACGACAAUAUGUGCUAGAUUGUUUGCUCAUGUGCUGGAGGUAGAGUUUUUGAAUUGAGUUGAUAUAGCAUGGAUUUUGAAAAAUGAACGACGGAUAAACAACGUUUGAUCACAAGAACUAGUAAUGUACUUAUGCGAAUGAGAUGAAUGAGAAUGUGUUUCAUGAUAGAAGAUAUCUACUUAUCGCGAAGCGAGUAUCAGUUUACCUUUUAUUUCUUUUCCAUAGUCAUAGAUAGAGAUAGUCACAACAAGUACAAGUCAUUUCCAUAGCCUUAAAAUCAUAAAAAUGGGGAACAUGAUGAGCAUAUCAGCAUUUUCAGGGAAGAUGAUGCUUCGACUUCGUGAGUUCUUCUUCUUUUAGCCGCCUACUAACGUGGUGGAUUUAGUAGAACAAGAAAAGUGACGAUCUUGCACUUGUUCUGCUUCUGAUAUGAUAGUAGAAUAAUUCAUAGAACGGACGUAGGAUGUGGAUGGACUUGGAUGGAUCGGCUGGGCCCCCCUAGUAAAUCUUCGAGUCCUACUUAAAGCGACUACUUAGCGGGUCGGGGAAGUUGAUCCGUUCAUCCAUCCGAAGAAUCCGAUCCAUCCCACCCUGAAUCCGACACGUGUUCUAAGAUCAUACGGAUAAGGAUAGUAGAGAUGUAGUAGAAAGACAACCAAAUAACCAUGUUGUUAUAGUGUAGUUGCUGUUGCCACCACGACUAGAAGGACAUAGAUGAAUUAGAAAUAAUUGAAAUUGUAGCUUUUUAAACAAAAAAGAUGUGAAAGUGAAUUCUGUCUACAGCACCCAAUCCUGAUCGUCCCCAAACAAGAAGAACCGACAUUUAUGUGCAGAUGACAGAGAUCCCAGCACGACCCCUCUUUGUUUCCCACAGUCUUCACAUGGUCUUGAAAGCGAUUUCUGAUCUCACAAUCAGUGGUCUCCAGCAUCUUCAGGAGAAAAGAGCAACUUGUACUAUGUUAAGCAGUCUUCAGUUCGUGGUCCGCCGGGGGGUCGGUUUGUUGUUCUCCUUCUCCCUAUUAACCGUCUUCCUUGAUGGCUGCGGUGGCAGUCCCCUUCUGUCUCGCUAAUUCAGCCCUUGACGCGUCCUCAGAGGUUGAUCCGUGUGACAUGUACUUGGAGACGUUGAACCUGCUGGUGCGUGAGAGAUUCUUGAUCUGUAGAAAUUGCUGCUUGAUCCAGAUGAAACAAAUUCACAUCAUGAGUCAGAAUAAUAUUCUUAUUCGCUAUAAGAAAGUGUGUAUAUAUAAGAAUAUUAAGCGUCUUCCUUGGCAGGAACUGCGCACCUAGCCAAGAAGGGAACUGGAAGUGGAAGUCCCCUUCUUGGCUAGGUGUGCAUCUUCGAAGAUUUUCGGUAUGAACUACAAGAAAGACUCCUCGGCUCGACGAAGAUGAUGUUGAGUAUUUGACGAGUCCAGACCGGAAGAAGAAGGGUUCACUCUUCCAAUUAGAAGGAAGCUCUGCUAGUUCUAGUUCAAUAAUUGGCUCAAGCCAGGAAAAGCUAAGUUUGGUUCUAGUUCUUCAAGUGCUAUCACUUAAAUACACCGAGUUGCAGAGCGUAACAAGCAACAUCUUCGCACUCGUAGUUUCAGUAUUUGAUAUUAUAGGUAUCUACUAGUAUACUACAUACUAUUAUGUAUUGUAUCAAAAAUGGUGGUCACUGAUAUCGAUUAGAGGGGUUGCAAAGCUCUUGCUUCACUCGUGUAAAAGUGUCGCAGUUGUGUUUUUUUACCGAGGUAAGCGAGUUCUUAAGGAUUUUUCAGUCAUGUAGUCUAGUGUUAAAGUUGAUUGAUGUUGAUGCUGUGGAUAUUCACCUGGGGCGUCUUCGGGUAGUAGAAGUUAUCAUCUUCGUCAGCAACUACAUCUUCCGACGAGUUAAGUACAAAUCUGACUAGUGCCUUCAGCAUCAACACGCAUAUUAAUACUAAGUAGUUUCUACAUCGAGUCGCUUUUUGAUUUUACGGAAUUCUCUCUUGUAAAAAGAGAGCAACUUCUAGAAUUGCUAAAAGUGUUUGUCGUGUUGUAGCACGCGUAUCAUAGUAGUAGUUUGUAGUGUUUGUAGUGUCGUAGCACCUAUCCUAACCUAUCAUAUGACUAUUUAUCAUUUGAUGGAUGUAUGUGCACGCAGUUCGUGAAUAGUUGCAUCAGAGACUGAGGACGCGCGACCACUUUUAUAUGCGCCAUUUCCAUGUGACAUGUGAGCUGAGUUAUAUACAUAGUUGUGACGUUAUUCUCUCGUAUAAAUGUAAAUGAUCACUCUUGAAGAAAAAGAAGAAGGACGAAAAACAAGAAGCAAGCAUCAUCAUGCUGAAUACGACGGAUAAGGCUUUGGAGAAGUAGGCCUCAUCUAACUGGUCUUAAGACGACACAAUUUCUGACUUAUAGUUUCAGACACGACAAGAAUUGCAAUCUCUAAUAUCUCGAUAAUCUCCAUCUUACUGCUCAUGAAGAAACCCAAAUCAAUGCGGCGAAGUCGAUUCCUGUUCAACAACAACCAUGACAAUGGUUUGUGGAAGUAGACUGCUGCUCUUCAUCUGACAUAUAGUAGUACUCGUG